AUGUAGCGCCCUCAACGGUCACGGAUAUUUUACAGCGCCCAUUUUCACUGCUCGAGCGGCGAGGAUGAUUAAAUUUGUUGGCCCAAAAUAUGUUUUUUUUCAAUCGGAUGGUGUAAACUGAGUUGGUUGCCAUGGUAGAGGAGUAUUGCCGUAGCCUGCUCAAGGUGGCCGUAGCUCAGCUGUGCCAGGGGCUGGGCUGGCACACCAUACACACCACGCCCUUCGACCUGCUGACCGACGUACUGCAGAGGUAUCUAGAGCACCUGGCUAGACACACUCAUCGCUACGCUGAACAGUAUGGCCGCACAGAUCCAACCCUGGAUGACGUGGGCCUGGCCUUCGCCCACAUGCACGUCCGCCUCAACGAGCUGGAGACCUACCUCAAGGAGGUGGAGCCCAUCCCGUUUGCCCACCCUCUGCCAUCCUUCCCUGUCGCCAAGAGGAACAACCUCCAGAUCCCCCAGCCGGGGAGCAGAGAUUGCCGGGAGAGGCUGGAGUACAUCCCGGAGCAUAUGCCGCCCCUGGUGGAUAUCGCCGGAGAGUUUGGUGAGGGCCUCGAUGCAAUGGACAUCUCUCAUUCAUCUCGGGCUUCUUUUGACGCCGACAGCUACGAGCCGCACACGCCACUCUUGAGCCCUACCUCCCCACGGGGUGAGAAACGCGAACUUCUGAGUCCCACCACGGACUACUUUGCCUUCAAGAGGCUUCGGAUGAUGGAGGACGGCACUCCCCGCGAGCUGACGGCUUUAUCGAUGGGGGUCAAUGGUGAGAUCACCCCAAAGAGAGAGGGAAGGCUCCCGGUCGCCACCACCCCUCCCCAGAAAACUCUUGUGGAACGUCGGAGUGGGGUGCCAGUCAUUCCGCUCUCGAGGACGGACUCAAAACCCGAUGGAUUGUUGACCAAAUUUUCUAAGUUGCCCCGCUCCAGCCCGGCCAUGGACCUCAAAGUCAUCAAGGGUAAAGGCAUCACUCCGCCGAAGCCAAAACCCAAAUCCCCAAAGCAUCUAUUCUUUUCGUCAGGAGGGACGCCGUCUGUUUUCCAGGUAAAGCCCAAGAGCCCCGCUGUGGUCAUCAUGGACAAAGUCAAAGAGUUAUUGCCUUCAGGAGGCAAGAAUAUCAAAGUGGUGGGACCAAAUAUCGGGACCUUGCUGAUUACAACGAAGAAGACUGUAGAAAUUCCCCCUGUCCCUUCUGCCAAGGACAUUGACGAUGACGAUAAGAGUCCCAGCCCUAAGAAGCCUUCCGCUUUAGACGUUUACGACUUUGAGGACGAGGACACUAAGCCCAGGACGUCCAAGACCUUUGACCCUUGCGGGGAGUUGCCAGACCCUUCCAAGGCUGUUCUGCCCUCGGCGACGCUGAUCAGGGAGGAGGAACAGGAAGUGGUGGCUAACGCUGCCAGCAUCGAGGAUACGAUCGAGUCGGUGAUCUCCAAGAUGGCCCGUGGCAGCACCUCCAAAUCAGCCAAGAAGAACGGCAAAGAUGGCGACCGAGAAAGGACCAAAGAAAAGGGAAAGGACAAAAGCAAGGACAAAGGCAAAGACAGGAGUGUCGAGAAGGGUAAAGGUGGACUCCUCGACAUGGCGAACAAGAGCAAUGCGGAGAAAUCCAGUAAAGGACACUCCUUACCCCCAAAGCUUCUGUUCAAGCAUGCUUGGCGGGAGAGCGAAGGAGCCAUCACCUCGGCCAUCAAAAUGGAUACGUCACCGGGACUUGCGCCUAAACUCGUCAUCAAGACCUCGGACCCAAAAGACAAGAGUAAGGACAAGAGAGACAAGCCCAAGAAGUUCGGAGACGAGAAGACAACAUCGGGGAAGGAGUCCAAGAAGGAGCGGUCUAAGCGGAAGAAGGAGCAGCUGAAAAAGGAAAAGCUGAAAAAGAAGAAAAUGGAAAAGAAGCGGCGGUUGCAAGAGCUGGCUGGCAAGACUGCCAGCUCCUCCAGCGGAGAGACACAAACAGACUCUUCUUUGAAACAGCCCAUCAUCGCCAAGCUGAACAUCAUCACCAAGAACCCCAAAUCCAUGAAGGUCCGAGUUGUUUCUCAAUCAGAGAGCCCCGCCAGCAGCCCUAGCCGGGACAAGCUGAGCUCCAAACAGAAGGACAAGACCCGCCUAAAGAAGAAGAAGAAAGAGAAGGAGCGCAAGGCGAAGAUCAAGGCGGCUAAAGACUCGCUUAAGAAAGCCAAACAGAAGGAGGGUAAGAAGAAUCCCGGAGAGAAGGAAGGAGAACAGAAUCCCUCGGAGGAACCACCUGAAAAAAUCGCAAAGCUGACUGUACCCAAACUGAUGCUCAAGAUUGGCUCAGCAUCUUCUAGUGGAGAGACUACAAAAAUAAUCAUCAAGAAACCUUCAGAGAAGCCCAAGCCGCUGCCACCAAGACCCCGCACUCCAUCCCCAUCAUCGUCUUCAACUUCUUCCUCUUCAUCAUCAUCCCCCUCGCCGUCACCUCGGCGAAAAUCGCCCUUCCCUCCACCACACUCCCCAUCCCCGUCAACUUCCCCGUCUCCCUCCCCCUCCCCAACUCCUGCCUCGCCUUUGCCUACGCCCGACCCUCCGCCGAAAAAGACGCCCGCUUCCAAGAGGGCUCCCCCUGUCAAGAAGUCAAUUCCAAAGAAGGUGCCCGCUGCCUCGCCCCCCAGCUCGCCCCCCUCGGUGCCCAAGUCGCCGCCACCACCCCAGCCCAAGUCACCCCCGCCACCCAAGGUACCUGUGGCCGUACCCCCAGUGAGGAAGGCAGCCUCCAAGGCCUUCUCGGCCAUCGCCAAUCCCACCAAGGUCUCCCAGCCGUUGUCGCCAGGAGCUGCUCAGUCCCAGGCUCCAUUCAAGGGUAUUUCUGUCCCGACCAAAGCUUCUCUGAAGGCCCCAGUGGAGAAGCCGCCGGCCAAGGGAAGCAAGGGACCCUCUACGCAAAAGGCACCAGGCACACCGCCCCCUAGUGGCGGAGUGACAGUCGGCGGAUCAGCGCAACGCAGCGUGAUUCUCGAGACGGUUGGAACUGUUGUGAGUGACACAGGAGAGAAGAUCUGGAUUUGUCCCACCUGCAAGUUGCCUGAUGACGGCAGUCCCAUGGUGGGCUGUGAUACUUGUGACGAUUGGUACCACUGGCCCUGUGUGGGCAUCAAAGAAGAACCGAAGGAGCCCGACUGGUACUGUCCACGAUGCCGGGUCCCUAAGAAGAAGAAAGGCAAAAAGAAAUCCAGAUAACCAACACGGUUUACUCGUAAACAACUACGCUUAUUGGACCCAACCCAUCAACACGAGUUUGCAGUAUUCACCACAGCUACUUUUGAGUAAUGGACCUUUUAGCAGAAUCUGGCACA